AUGCCGCCCAGCCAUCAGCACCGACCGUCACAUUCCAGCGCAUUUGCGCGCCCCUCGAUGCUGGCAAGCGGGCCAGCGGCGCAAUCUUCUUCUCUAGCAGCCUCCUCGGGAUCGAGCAUGUCGGCGGCCAAGGCCCGACAGUACACGCACCUGCACGCACAACUGGCGCAGCUGAACGCGCACCUGGCUGAUACGGAGAACCUGUUGCGGAUGACGGCGGUGCAGGCGGGGGACAUGCGGUUUUUGGGCGGGUAUGUUGGGGGUUUGUUCAUGGGGGCGGCCAAGGUGUUGGGGGAGGAGGGGGUGAAGGAGGAGGGUGCUAAGGAGAAGGAGGGGGGUGUUAAGGAGGAGAGUGAAUGA